CAAAUGUAUUACAGAACAUCUUAGUAAAAUCUGUGAUCCAUAUAGUAAAUACUUAAUUUUCAAACUGUCAAUCAAUUAUUUCAAACUUGACUGUUCCUUCUGCAAAAUGUCAAUCAACUGUCUCGAACUUCAUUGUUCUUUCGUUCUAAUAUCAAUCAUUCUUUGUUCUCGUCCUCUUUUCUUCCGAUCUUCUUAACCAUCUACCUCUAGACAUUUCAUUUUUGAUUAACGAUACAUACUACUUAUAUCUGCCGGUAUCAUUAGCACAUACCAUACUGCUACAAUAGUGAACAAGAACAUCAGUAGGGACAAUCGAAUAUAUUUGACACGAUAUUACAGAGUAUCUCAAUAAAAUCUAAGAACUAUAUAGCAAAUAGUUAAUUUGCAAAAUAUUAAUCCAUCGUCUCAAACUUCAUUGUUCCUUUUGCAAAUAUCAGUCCAUUGUCUCGGAUUUCAUUGUUCAUACAUUUACAUAUUAAUUGCGCUCCGUUUCCGUUUUCUUUCCUUAUCGAUCUUCUACUGAAAUACAUUCUAUACCCAACCACGGUUAUAUACUACUUAUACGGAUAUAAUUAAGCGACAUCAUACUAUAAUGUUUUGUUUAUUAAAAUGCUUAGUUCAAAUCAUAAUUUAUAAUAUAUAUUUAUUCAAAAACAGUUAACAAUAUUAAACUAACUUCACAUCACAUGUAUAAAGAUUUUCAUGAUAUUCAAUUCAUUUCAAUAUGACCAUUAACAAGGUUAGUAUAAAAUGAUCCAAUCUCAUUCAAUGAUUUCUAUUACAAUGAGUGUAUUGGCUACAUCAUUAUUAUUCUAUGCCAUAAAUAUGAAAUCAUGUUAGUGUAAUACAUUACAACUUUAUGAUAAAACAAAUUAUGAACAAAUUCUUUUAUCAUAUACCAUUUAUAUUGAUUUAUUAUAUUAUUAAAAUCAAUUGUAAUAUCGAUUCAAAAUCAAUAAAUCAAUCAAUUAUUUAUGAACCGAAUUGGAAUUCAUUAGAUAAACGUCCAUUACCAAGUUGGUAUGAUGAAGCUAAAAUUGGUAUAUUUAUACAUUGGGGUGUAUUUUCUGUACCUAGUUAUAGGACUGAAUGGUUUUGGUGGAUGUGGCAAGGUGACAAAACAAUAAUGCCUGAAAUACCGGAAUAUAUGCGUAAAUAUUAUGAACCAGAUUUUGCAUAUGCUAAUUUUGCAAAACAAUUUCAUGCGGAAUUUUUCGAACCUGAUAAAUGGGCUGAUUUAUUUCAGAAAUCAGGAGCACGUUAUGUAGUACUUACUGCGAAACACCAUGAAGGUUUUUGUAAUUGGCCGUCUAUUAGUUCAUGGCAAUGGAAUUCAAUGGAUAUUGGUCCAAAUCGUGAUUUGGUCGGUGAUUUGGCCACAUCCAUUCGUAAAAGAACUAAAUUAAGAUUUGGUGUCUAUCAUUCCUUAUUUGAAUGGUUUAAUCCAUUAUAUUUGUACGAUAAAGAAAAUAACUUUACAACACAAACAUUUGUUGAACAAAAAACAAUGCCAGAAUUAUAUGAUUUAGUAUUACGUUAUAAACCAGAAGUGAUUUGGUCUGAUGGUGAUGCUGGUCCAGAUACUUAUUGGAAUUCAACACAAUUUCUUGCUUGGUUAUAUAAUGAAUCACCUGUAAAAGAUACAGUUGUUACAAAUGAUCGUUGGGGUAAUGGUUGCCCAUGUAAACAUGGAGGUUACUAUUCAUGUGAUGAUCGUUAUCAUCCUGGUAAAUUAGUGAGACAUAAAUGGGAAAAUUGUAUGACAUUAGAUUGUUGUUCAUGGGGGUUUAGAAGAGAAAUAACUUUAGAUAAAAUAUUAACACCAGAACAACUUAUUUCUGAAGUUAUUGAGACUGUUACUUUUGGUGGAAAUAUUCUCAUUAAUGUUGGUCCAACUUCAUGGGGAACAAUUUUACCUAUUUAUGAAGAACGUUUAUUACAAUUAGGCGAAUGGUUGUCUAUAAAUGGUGAAGGUAUUUACGCCACUCAACCAUGGAGAAUUCAAAAAGAACCAAAUUAUGAUUUUGUUUGGUACACUUAUAAACCUGCAUUGAUUGAUAAGAAUAUAAAUGAAUAUAUGAAAAUGCCAUCUCUAUAUUUAUUGAAUAGAAUAUCUUCUAUGAAACAAAAUCCAUCUAUUGUAUAUGCACAUUUAACAAAAUGGCCAAAUAAAUAUUGUCACAAUUUCACAGAAACAAUAAAUGAUCAAUCAAUACAAACAAGAACAUUUUGUAAAAGAGAAUUACAUUUACGAUCAAUUAAUGCUCAUCCAAAUUUAUCUAAUUUUACUUUAUUAGAUGGAAGUUUAACUGGUAUUCAAUUAUCUUAUCGAAUCAUGAAUAACACUACAAUGAAUGGUGUAAUUAUUAAUUUACCUGAUUUAAUUAUGAAUAAUGAUAAUAGAAAUAUAUUGAAAUAUGCAUGGACAAUACGUAUGAUCAAUGUGUUUUAAUAAACUAUUGACCUUGAUCUAUGAUCUGAUACUAAACAAACAAACAAACAAACAAGCAAACAAACAAACAAACAAACAAGCAAACAACAAGCAAACAAACAACCAAGCAAACAAACAAACAACCAAACAAACAAGCAAGCAAACAACCAAACAAACAGACAAGCAAACAAGCAAACAAACAAACAACCAAACAAACAAACAAACAAGCAAACAAACAAACAAACAAACAAGCAAACAAACAAACAAGUGAACAAACAAACAAACACACAAGCAAACAAACAAACAGUGUAAACAGUUCAUAAAUGUUAUUUUCAAAUGAUUUUACUAUUAGGUUAAUUGUUUAAAAUAAUUAAAACUAACAAUAUUAUUAGUAGUAUCUCAAUGAAAAGAGAAAAAUAAAACUGAAUUUUUAAUAUUGUAUAACUUUGCAUAAAUUGUGUUUGUUUUAGCGGUUAAUAUAAAAUAUAAUUAACAGAGAAUAUACGAGGGUAAAGAGGAGUAUUCUAUUUCAAUAAUGAUCAUCAUACAAUCUGAUUAGUGACAGAUAUAGUUGUGAAGUGUUCAAUAUUCAAUUUUCUGUGAGAUUAUAAUUUAUGAAUGAACCAAUCAGAUUUAACAUAACAGGUUUUGAAUUUUAGCGCGAAAUUAAUUCAUUCAUUUAGCUUCAUUUAGUUUUAUCAAUAUAGUUGAUAUUAGUUCAUGAUAAAAACCCUAUAUUUGCAUCCUGAUCUUAACUAUUAACUGUAAAUAAUAAUCGUAAUUCUUUACACUGGUUUAUAACCUUCAUUUAACCGUAGUGUGCUGUUGAACAUUGUCAGGGUCGCUUUAGCGUCACUUCAAGGUCAUCUAUAAAAUAUAGUCUCACAGUUUUGUUUUAAUUCCUUAAAAACUUGCUCAUUUAGUAUCAUUUCUAAUAUGUAAUUUGAUUAAUUUGAUAUGAUCAUAGAAACUAUAUAAUUUAUAGACUUUUUGAAUUUCUUGUUUCUAUGUAAAUCAAUAAAAAUUUCGAAAC